AUGACAAUCCGAACAGCCCGUCCUGACCGGGUGCAACAUUUCCCUCCCCGUAUGCACUGCCUCAAAAAGCUGGAGGCCAUAGUGGUGGAGAUGCAGGACCCGAAAAAUGGAGUGAAAGGCUCGGAGCAGAAACUCAAUGUCACUACCAUCCCACAUGUCAUUGCUGGUAACGACAUAAUCACAUGGAUUGCCAACAAGAUGAAGACUCCAACUGAAGAGGCUCUUGUCUUUGGCACCAUGCUAGUGGCCUAUGGCUACAUCUACCCCCUGCAGAACCACAAGAAGCUGGUCAUAUGCAAUGAUACUAGCCUCUACCGCUUCCAGACACCAUACUUCUGGCCUACACAGAAAUAUGCUGCAGAGGACUCUGACUAUGCCAUUUACCUGGCAAAGAGGAACAUCCGCAAGAAAGGCAUGCUCGAGCCCUAUGAACAGGCACAUUACAACCACCUCCAUAAAUGGCUGAACCACAAGUGGGACUUCAUUGUGAUGCAGGCCACUGAACAAUACAAGUAUGUCAAAUCAUCAAAAAUCAGCUUUGACCAGCACAGACGCAUGAACAUUUUCUAUCAACAAGCCAUCAUGAGGUCAAAGGUCAAAUCUAGCGUGUCCCUCGGAGCACUCGUCAAGUACAUCACAACGUACAAAACCCACGACCCGUUUCUGGCUCCAUGUCUACCCAGCAACCCCUGGCAAACAGACAAUGACUCAUACUGGACUCUCAACAUGAGAAGAGUUGAUCCACCCACUAAGAUGAGAGUGGAGCGCUGGUCAUUCAGCUUGUUCGAGCUGCUGACUGACCUGCGAGGCCGAGACGACUUUAAGAUCUUCCUCAAGAAGGAGUUCAGCGGGGAGAACUUGGCAUUUUGGGAAGCAGCUGAAGAAUUGAAGUGGGGCACUGCAUCCUCCAUGUCAUCAAAAGCUGAGACCAUCUUUAAAACCUUCCUGGCCCCUGGUGCCCCCCGUUGGAUCAACAUCGAUGGCCGGACCAUGGGUCUGACAGUGAAAGGCCUGGAGCAUCCCCACCGCUACGUGCUGGAAGCAGCUCAGACACACGUCUUCCUACUCAUGAAAAAGGAUACUUUCUUUCGUUACCUCAAGUCACCCGUGUACAAAGACAUCCAGAAGAAAGCACAGAACCCUGAGUCUCACAACUUCAGUCCGGCCCAGCUGGAGCAAAACGCUCAGAACCGGAGCCUUGGCAUCCAUCCUAUCAUCCUCUGGCAGCAGGAGGAGGAAGAGAAGGCUAAGGUGGCCGCUGCCUCCGCUCCUGUCGAUGUCAAGGCCAUGAUGAGCAAAAUAGACAGGAAGAAGUAGAGCCACGCACUGAAAAUUUACAUGAGGCACACAGUAUCACACACAGGUACCAGCCAGGUGAUGCUUUGUUUUAGAAAGUCAUAAAAUGUGAAAAAUUGAGUUUACAUCGAUACAUUUACAAUAAAUUCAUACAUUUGAAUGAAAA